GUGGCGUGCUCGCUUUGGCCAUCCAUGUCCCUCGUGUUGGACACUAGAGCUGUCCCCGAUGUACCCAUACUGACCUGGUCACGAAUGGCCUUGAGAGGCUGGGAACUCACCCCCCUCCUUCCCCGGACUAGGGGGAAGUGGGGUGAAGGAGGCGUGCAGGGAGGGAACCUGGGGGAGGGGGUGGCCCGUCUCCCAGGCUGGGCGUGGGCCGGGCGAGGUCCCCAGCCCACCGGGCCGUGCCAACAAUGGCCUGUUGUAGAAGGAGGCGGGAAGGAAUGCGGCCUGGGGAGUUGGGCGGCGGCGGGGCGGGGCCCGGCCGAGCGGCUGUCUCUUACCUGGCCAGGUGGCUCGCAUUUCCCGGCAAGCGGCGGCGCCCGCAGCACCUGUUGCCCGGUGCUCGGGCGGGGAGGACGGCGGGGGACAUGGCCUGGUAGAGUCCCCUGGGGAGACCGUGCUGAGUUCAGUCCGGGGCAGGGCAGAGCGAGGGAGGGAAGGUCCUUCCCCGGCGCCCGCGCGGGCUGCGGCAGCAUGAAAAAGAACCAGACGGUGCAGGGCACCUUCAGCAAACUCUUCGGGAAGAAGCACACCACGACCCCCACCACCUCCCUCUAUGCCACCAACCCCCCCUGGAUCUUCACCCAGGAGGCCCCGGAGGAGGGGACCAGGGACUUCGAUGGCAUCUAUUAUGGAGACAAUCGGUUUAACACAGUGAGUGAGUCAGGAACAGCCACACUGAAAGCUCGGCCAAGAGUCCGGCCCCUGCUGACCUUCCUUCCGCUGAAUGCCCAGGAAAACCAUGGGCUGGCUGUGCCCACCCCCUCGGUUCCAGAAGAUUUUGCAGACAAAGUGACAGGUACCAGCUCACUAGUCAAUGGCAACCUCCGACUAUACAGCUCUGUGGGUGACCUGAGGCCUGGACAAUAUGGCCAGGAUCUACUCAUCCCCCCACCUCCCCCAGGCCCAGCCCCAGGGCCCCCUCAGGACAUUUCACAACCUCCAGGGGGGUCGCCACUGCCAUCUCCACCUUCCACAGCACCCCCACCGCCUCCCCUGCUGCUGGAACCCCCACCCCCGCCCAGCAUGGCCCCACCUCCACCCCCAGUAUUGGAGGCCCUAUCCCCACCACACAGUCUUUCCUCCCCAUCCAUACCCACCCCUCCUGACUUCAUUCCCCCUGCCCCACCCUUGGCCUUUCGCCCCCCACCGCCUCCUAUGCCAGCCCCAGCACCCCCAGCUCCAGCAUCUCCUCACACAGUGGGGACUCGUCUCUUUCCCCCUGGGGGUGUCACCAAGUGGAAAUCAGAUGUAGCACUGAAUGGCAGGCAGGCAGAGGCCACCAGAGCCAGCCCCCCGAGAAGCCCUGCUGAGCCAAAGGGGAGUGCCCUGGGACCUAACCCAGAGCCCCAUCUCACCUUCCCCCGUUCUUUCAAAGUGCCUCCCCCAACCCCAGUCAGGACUUCGUCCAUCCCAGUUCAGGAAGCACAAGAGGCUCCCCGAAAGGAAGAAGGGGCCACCAAGAAGGCUCCCAGCCGACUCCCACUGCCUCCCAGCUUCCACAUCCGCCCCGCCUCCCAGGUCUACCCAGACAGGGCCCCCGAGCCAGACUGCCCUGGGGAGCUCAAGGCCGCAGCACCAGCCAGCUCAAGGCUUGGCCAGUCCCAGUCCCAAGCAGAUGAACGAGCUGGGACUCCGCCUCCAGCCCCUCCCCUGCCCCCUCCUGCACCCCCCCUCCCUCCCCCAGCACCCCCACUUCCCCCAGCUGCACCUCCUUUGCCCUGUGCUCAGAAGGCAGCCCAUCCACCUGCUGGGUUUACAAAAACCCUUAAAUCCAGCUCUCCUGCUCUCAAACCAAAACCUAACCCCCCCAGCCCAGAGGACAGAGCCUCUUCAGCACCUGUGGACUGGAGGGACCCUAGCCAGAUGGAAAAGCUGCGGAAUGAGCUGGCAGCCUAUCUCUGUGGCUCCAGGAGAGAGGACCGAUUCCUCAGUCACAGGCCAGGCCCAACAUUGGCCCCUCAGAGCAAGGAGGGCAAGAAGGGCCCCCACCUGCCCGAGAAGGAGACUCCUCUGAGCCUGCCAGCAAAGGACCCUCCCCCAGGUGUUCCUGAAAAGAGUCUUGGCGGCAGCAGCCUGACAGAGACAGAGGCAGCCCCCAGCCUGACCCUGCCCCCUGUGGACUACAUUCCCCAAGACUCUUCAACUCCCAGUGUGCGGCAGAUCCGGAAUGAGCUGGAGGCCCGGCUCUCCUCAUCAGCAGAGAAGGAGGCUAAGCCCAGCAUAGGAUCUCUGCCCCCUAAGCCUCGGCUAGAAGGGGGAAGAAUUUUUGAAAACAGGGCUGAUAAUGACAAACUCUCCAAGCCUGUGGCCAAAAAUCUGCCACCUCAAUCCACCACCCUGCUGCCAACCACAUCACUCCAGCCCAAGGCCAUGUUGGGACCAGCCAUACCACCCAAGGCUACACUUUGGCCAGCCACACCAUCCAAGGCCACACUUGGGCCGGCCACACCACUCAAGGCCACAUCUGGGCCAGCCACACCACCCAAGGCCACAUCUGGGCCAGCCACACCACCCAAGGCCACAUCUGGCCCUGCCAUACCAUCUACAGCCACAACUUUGCCCACUACCACAUCCCAACUGAUGGCAGAGAAGGACUCAGGCUCAGCUGGGCAGCCAGAGAAGCCAGCGUCUCAAGAAGUUUCCACUCCCUCCCAGGCAAGGGGAGAGGGGUCCCCCUCAGAGGCCACUAGACUGCCCACACAGGGAGCCCGCUCAUCUCCAGCCCUCCCACCAAAGACAUCUCCUGGUGGAGGAGAGGUGCCAUGUCUCUACAAGCCCCACUGCCACCAGAGCAGCCUCAGCCGUGAGGUUGCUGUGGUGAUGCCCACCCUGGCCAAAGGAGGGGCUGCAGGGCCAGGGGAGCCCGUGGAGGUAAAGGAGCCCCCAGGGCUGCCAGCCAAGCCUCCUGCCUCGGCCCAGCCCACUGAUGAACUCCUCAGGCACCCGGUGACUGGGGAGGUGGUGGAGCGGGGCUCGCCGAUGGCCCUGCUCCUGGCGGCCAGGCAGAGGGCGCAGAAGGGGAGGCCUGGAGGGGCUGCCCUGGGUCGGUCCUCUCUGCCAGGAAGUCUCCGUGACCACAGCCACCAAGCCGAGGCCAGUUCUGACAGCAUCUUCCACAGCCAGGGAACGCCCAACUCCUUCACUGUGGUGCCCAAGUUACCCAAGGAGGCUGAGAAGGACUCCCCGCUGACGACCGAAAUACCCAAUAAGUGGGGACCGCGGCCGGGAAGAGACGCAGAGGGCACAGAGCCGAGCCGCAGGCACAACUGGACAAAGCCAGAGCCCCAAGCCCCUGUGGCCUGGGAAAGAGCAGCUCCCUCCAAACUCCUCCAGGGCCACCCGCUGCCCAAGUCCUUCUCCUCCCCACCUUCUCCUUCGAACAAGAGGGAGGAGGAGGAGGAGGAGGAGUUCAACUUCGAGGUCAUCCCACCGCCGCCAGAGUUCAGCAAUGACCCUGAGCCCCCGGCUCCGGCCCUCCAGUAUCUGGGCCGCCAGAGCUCCCCUCCCCUGAACAACUACUCAGACUUGAGGCAGCUCCCGAACGCUGGCCCCGGGGCACCCCCGGCUCUCGGCUUCUCGCGCUUUCCCGCAGGCGCGCGCUACGCCGGGGCUGGGGGCCUGGAGCGCUUCUCGGGAGGGGGCCGCUCGCUCAUAAAGAAGCGCCUGUACGUCGGGGAGCCGCACCGAGGCCCAGGGCUGCCCCACGGUGGCACCGGCCGCAGCCUGAGCUCUCCCAACUGCUUCGGGCCGCAGCCCAGAGGCCCCGAGAUGCGGCGCGUGAACUCGGCGGGUCGCGCGCCCCCCGGAGGCCUGCACGCGGGGAGGCUGUCCCUGGAGGGCGCCGCCCGGGGCGCUGCGGAGGCCAAGCACAAAGCGCCCGGCAGCGCCGACUACGGCUUCGCCCCAGCUGCCGGCAGGUCUCCCCACACCACCACCCUCUAUGGAAGCCCCAUCAACACGUUCACCGUGAGGCCUGGGACCCGCCAUCCCAUCUCCUAUGCCUGCUCAGGGGCCCAUCGGAAAGCCACCUCCUGAACCAGGGGUUCUCUUAGCUCUACUCCAACAAACUGUGUCUUUAAGGAUCUGGGCACUUGUUUCUUGUCGGGGGUGGGAGGUACACAGCAGGUGUUAGGCGACCUGACUCAGGCACAGAGGAGUCUUUGAUCCCCAAAGACCAACGAUGAGAAGCAGUGGCCCAGGAAGACCAAGAGUAGGCUUCUGUUUCCCAGAGCGCUGGUGUGGCUGUGGACUGUUUACACGUGGGGUGUGGGAGGGGAAGGAGGGUAGAGAGGAGGAACCAUUAAGGACCCGGGCACUGAGUUUCCGCUCUCUGGUACUGUCUGCUUUAGCAAGAGUUAUUUAAAACAGUUUUACAAGCA